AUGCUCGGCGUCGAAGGCUACGGCAGCGACAGCGACAGCGAUGCAGAAGCUCGGCCUACGCCUUCCACAUCCAAUUCUACAUCGCAACCUACUCCUCAUCCGAAGCAGAAAUCUGCAUUCAGUCUUCCGCCUCCGAAAUCCUCGACAAGUGCUGCUUCUACCUCCAAAUCAUCCGGUGGACCCUCUCUACCGCCUCCCAAGACAAAACGUAUAAAGAAAAUAACUAUUGGACUUCCCGAGCUUCCACCGGAGGAUGAUGACGAUGUAGCUGACGAACGUCCCGUAGCUAAAAAACCGCGGCUGGAGUCCGGUGCACGAUCCUCGGCGCUGUUGUCCAUGCUGCCUGCUCCCAAGAACAAAGCCCCCGUUCUUGCUGCUCCACAGAGAGUGCUAGGUGGCGGUCGUGGACCUGGGUUGGUGUUCAAUGCUGCGCCAAGUCGACCAUCACGGAAAGCGACAGUGGAGGAUGCAGCGGACGAAGAACAUGAGGUACAGGAUGACACAACCAAGGCAGCAGUGGAAGUCGAGACAGAGAAGAAAUCUCCACCUUUCCUUCCACCGUCGCUAUUGAAGGGCAAGGCUAACGUCUCCGUCGAGGAGAAGAACGAGCUACCGAAGAGUGUGCGCACGCCAGCACCGGCAGUGGAUUUCUUCUCGUUAGGCUCCUCUACAUCCCCUCCAUCGCCCUCGCUCUCCACCAAGCGCAACGUGCCAAAACCUACACUAGCACCCUCUGCAGCGCCCUCGUCGUUAGCAGUCUCGUCAUUCCCUCUACCGCUACUGCCAGGUAUCUCCUCCGCCCCGAACGUGGACGACUUCGUACCGCCGAAGCCAACCCCGCAAGAUCCAUAUCCGGGCUACUAUCUCCUACCGAGCGGCGCGUGGGCAGCGUACGACGCUGAGUACUACCGCAAGUUCUACGACAAGUGGAAGCGGGAGUAUGACGCGCACGUACGGGCGAUGGAGAAAGGCACUGCCAAGGGCUUCGAGGCGCUCGAAUCCGAGGGUGCGCAGGAGGUUAAUGCGCAGCGCGAGAUGGAGAAGGCGAAACGAGAGAUACAGGAACUGGAGGAGCGCAAGGCGCUCACGAAGGGCGACGUGGAUGCGGCUGGGGCGCCGAAGAUGAAUAUCAAGGGGGCAGCGCUUGGUGGAAGAGCGCGUACACGGCACCAGCUGUCUACAUUACUCACAGAGGCAUACCAGAACCGAGAGGCGUUGGAAGAGAGGAUUGCGCAGGGCAGGCGGAACAGGAAGGAAGCGGGCAACAAAUACGGAUUCUGA